AUGGAGCGGUCUUCGGCGCAGAACCGGAUGUCCGGUCUGUCUCAUACCGGAGCUUCUCAGGGGUCCUCGCCUCAGUUCUGGAAUAACACUACCUUGGACGCGAUAUUCGGUGAUCAACAUCUUCAACCGUCCCAAGCUCAGCAACCUCAGGAUCAGCCAUUGGAUAUUGGAUGGAACUAUCCAGCUCCUCAACAGAGACAGCAAACACACUCGCAACCCCAUCAACAUCAACAACGACACUUACAGCCACAACAACGAAGUCAAAUGCCUCCUUCAAAUGAACCCAAUCUGGAUCACUACUCGAUACCUCAGCAAUGGCAAGAGAACCCAUUGCGCCAACCGGGACGGGGAUUUGUACCGCCACCCCAGUUUCAGGACACGCAGCCGCUCCACCAAUAUCCCCAUGGCCAAAUGCAAUUUGACUCGAGGUCCCUCCAAGAAUCUGAGAGUUCCGCCUUCCCCUCCUACUCCUUCCAAAACAAUUUCUACCAGCAGCCUCAAUCGUUACCUCCUGUACAAGACUCCUUCCACGACCGCAACCCUCAGCAACAUCUGCAGCAGUCUGAGUUUCAGGCGGCUGCCCCUCAAUCUCAGUUCACUAUCCCCACCGGUUAUCCCUCCGACAUGCUUUCCUCCACUAUCGACCUCUCUAGUGAAUUCCCUACCGAACAACUGCACCCUCACAUCGACCCUAAUUUCUUAAACUCGAACCCACACUCUUCGCAACAGCAAUCGAUCCCUAAUAACCUGCUUUAUACAAACACAUCUGGGUUUGAUCGAGGUGAAGCCCCGAUGUUUGACUACUUUCAAAACAACAUCUCCCUUGAGGCCCAGCCUGGUGCUGUCCUCGAUCAUGGUGUGCCACAACAUGGCCAACCGGGGCUCAUGGUGUCACGUCAUAGCGGUUUAGCUAUUCCUCAAGUUGUGAUCGAGUCGAAGAAGGCCGCAAAGAAACAAACAGCGAAAAAGACCGCCAAGACGCAAAAGAAAGCCAAGGGUGAAUCAGAAAGCGACAGUGAAUAUGAAUCGGAUCUGGAGAUUGAAGCACCUCCUGAACCUUCUCCAAUCCCUGCCGUUCGUCCGACCGAACCUAUUGCGGCGGCUGAAUAUAGUACCCUGCAAGCUGUGUGGUCUCCGCGAAACAAAGUAGUUUCAGCAGAUAAAGUAAAGAGCGGGCUGAUGGAGUUCAAAGACAUUAUCAAAGUGCUUCGAGAUUCUUGGAAGGAUCAAGUGCAAGAAAUGAAACUUGCAGAGAACAAUAACAACAACGAGAAAGCCGCGGAGUUGAAAAAAGGUGUGAUGUUGCAACGUCAAACUAUGGAUCAGAUAAUGAUCACUGCCUUGAACAUGGGCCACCCCAUGAUUGUUGAGAAAUGUGGAGAGCAUCCUAUGGCACUUGCAGCCAUCUAUUCUUUCCUGGCGGAUCGCUUCCAAGCUUCCGAUUACGAUGGUUCACUGACAUUAAACAUGCUCAAGCUAUUGGCACGAUUUGUGACUGUAGAUGAGGAGAUAAUGCAGAAGACCAACCUCGCCAAGCUGCUGCCUCGUCUGAUUAAGAAAGGUGGCCCUGCAAUUAAGGAAUCAGGGCAACAAAUAUUAGAUAAUGCUCUCGCUUCAACAAAACGCAAACAGGAGAGCGCCAAGUCCGUUAAAGAGGAAUCUCCAGCCCAGAAAGAUCCCCCCUCUGUUGAGGUCGCUGGCGCCAAACGCCCCCGCGAUGGAGAAAGCAAUGCCCACCCUGCUACUAAGCGCAUGGUUGUUCCAUCGAACCUAAAAGAUGCGGGCAAAUCCGCCGCCACAAUCAAUGGUGUGGUCAAGAGAGCCGCCGAGGGGACCCAGAAUGGCAAGGCAGCCACCGCGCCAGUAUCCCGCCCCAGGGCCAACAUCAUCGCACCAAAGCCAUCAAGUCUGUUCAGUGCGUUGAGUUCGGCCUCAAAGCGACCAGGCACAACCAAUGCUGAGAGAGCGGCUGCGAAGUCUUCGUGCGUUUAUCCUGAUCUCUCAUGUCAACCUUCUCAAAAAGACACAAUUGCUGAUUGUACGAAUAGAGUCGCACCCGAGAAGAAAGAGAAGCCGCAGGCACCUCCCCCAAAACCUGCGUUUUCCUUCGGUGAUAUUAUGGCCGAUCUGAGUAAACCUAAAGAAGCCGUUGUCGCUAAGCCCGUCGAGGAUCUCCCACCAGAGACAGAAGAGGAACGUAAAACAAGGCUGCGAAAAGAGGAGAGACGCAAGCUUCGCGUUACCUGGAAACCAGAUGAAUCACUAACAGAGGUCCGCUUGUUCACUCACGAUCCUGAAGAAGAGCUGAGCCCCGGUGAUGGUUCCAUGCGUGGAGUGGGCGAUGUUAAAGGAGAAGGUAGUGUUCUUAAACUGCACAAAGAUCUGGAAGAUUUGGAGGAAGACGAUCUUGGUGGCCUACGGGAGACAAGUUACGGCGAUUAUCACGAGUUGUCUGAAAUUCCGAAAUCUGACGCGCUGAAGAAGUCCAACUACAUUAAACGCGGUGGUAACGAGAUUCCCAUAAGUCCCGAGAAGGAAGCUCAAGAUCAUCGCGAAUCCACCACUCUCAUGGUUUUCUACACCUCCCCAGCUGAUGUGCCCCCAACGCCCAAGGAGCCACCCAUUCCGGAUGUUGAUGAGCCUGUUCCUGAGGUAGUUCUUUUUGGAGAGUUGCCUGAUGUUGUCAAGUCUCGUCAGGAACGCUACUUCAACUCCAUGAACCCCAACCCUGUGGCAGCUACCAUCCAACCUCAAGCCCAGCUUCAGUUCCAGCCCCAAGCUAACCAAGCUCCUGGAGCUUUCGACAUUGCGGGUUUCCUCAAGCUCAUGAACCCCGCGGCCCAGCAACAGCAUACGCCCCCGCCUCAGCCGGUCCCACAGCCUGCCAUGCCGGCGCCGAUGUCCGAUCUUGAACGCACAGUCAGCAUGUUUCGUCAGCAACAGUCUACUCAAGCUCCACAGGCCCCUCCAGCCCAGCCGCAGCCGCAGCCGCAGCCGCAGCCGCUGGCCCCAGCGGUCGACUUCCAAAACCUUCUCACAAUCAUGAAACAGCUGCAGCCAGGAGCCUUCUCUCAAGUACCCCCGGCCCAGCCCACAAUGGCCCCCAAUAUGAAUAUGAAUAUGGGAGCUAUGUUUCCGCAAUUCGGAGGUCAAAAUCAGUACCCUGUUGGUCAACAAGAAAUGAAUGCGGGGAACAAUAACUAUGAAGACCCUGAACGCAAACGAGUGCGUGAUAAUGAUCAGUCAGAUGGUCAAUACGAUCCUUCAUGGAGUCGCGGAAAGCGCACGAAGUCUAAUGAUCCCAAGCCUUACAAGUAUGGAUUGGUUGCUUGCAAAUUCUGGGCGGAAGGAAAAUGUAGAAAGGGCGAGAAUUGCACUUUCCGCCACGAUACAUGA